CGUGUACAGACAAAAUUUAACACGAGACUCAAUCUGUCACAAUCUGUGUGUGGUACUGUAGGUUAGGUUUCUUAAUUCGUUUAAAUAAUAAAUAAGUGUCUUGUAUUUUUUGUUUAGCAACAAUGCUCGAUCUUUUUACAAUAUUCAGUAAAGGUGGAAUUGUGCUCUGGUGUUUUCAGAGUACAUCACAAAUUUUUACACCCAGCGUUAAUGCACUUAUUCGAAGUGUCAUUUUACAGGAACGUACAGGAAAUCACACUUACGAGCAUGAAUCGCUUCGUCUUCAGUAUAAGUUGGAUAAUGAAUUCGAAUUAAUAUUUGUCGUUGCGUAUCAAAAGAUACUUCAACUUUCGUAUGUUGAUAAAUUUUUGAAUGACAUUCAUUUGGAAUUUCGUGAUCGUUUCAAAAAUGAAUUACAAAAUUCUCAAUGGUUUCUUAAUUAUGAUUUCAAAAAGAAUUAUGACAAUAUUUUACUUUCUGCGGAAAAUUGGGGAAAAACGCAGGCAAAAAUUCCAAAACAAAUGCGAACAUUUGACGAAAGUUUCAAGUCAAAAAAAACUGUAGCCAGUAUGAUUGAAAGGAAAGAUGACAAGGAAAAUAAAAAACAAGGUAAAAAGAAGAAAGGGACCAAUGCUGCUGAAGAUGAUUUGAUAAUUACACCAGAAAUUUCUCAUAUUGAAUCGAUGAAACCAGUACAAAAUACAGUAAAUGAAGAUGACACUGAGGAUGUUAUGUUAAUGAAUCGAAUGAAGCUCGCUCAAAAGUUUUCUGGUCAAAAAAAGAAAGCUGAUAAACAAAAAAGUCCAAAACCCGAAAAAGCAGGUAAGAAACCACGUGUUUGGGAAUUGGGUGGUACAACGAAGGAUCUAGCGACAUUGGAACGUACUAAAGAUAAACCGGAAGAUGAAAAUAAUUAUGUGCCAGCUGAUAAGACGCUAAUAGGAAUGAUGAAGGGUGGAAUUAAAGAUUUAGAAGUGGACAGUGAUUCGGAAAUGGAAAUUGACGAGAAUGAUGAUGAUGAUGAUGAUGAUGUUGAUAAUAAUGAUAAGAAUAAUGAUAAAGUGAAAGUAAAUAAACCGACAGUACAAAAGAAAUCAAGUGGAAUGUUUUCUAUGUUUAAAAGUCUUGUGGGAAAUAAAUCAUUGAAACACGAUGAUAUGCUUCCUGUACUUGAGAAAUUUAAAGAUCAUCUUAUUUCAAAAAAUGUUGCAUCCGAUAUUGCGGGAAAAUUAUGUGAUUCUGUUGCAACAAAACUUGAGGGCAAAGUACUUGGUACAUUUGAAAGUAUUGCAAGUACAGUGAAAGCAACACUCACCGAUGCAUUGGUACAAAUUUUAUCGCCAAAACGAAGAGUCGAUAUUUUACGUGAUGCUUUUGAAGCGAAAAAAAAUAAUCGUCCCUAUGUUAUGGCAUUUUGCGGUGUUAAUGGUGUGGGAAAAUCGACAAAUUUAGCAAAAAUUUGCUUUUGGCUGAUUGAAAAUAAUUUUCGUGUUUUAAUUGCUGCUUGCGAUACAUUCAGAGCUGGAGCUGUUGAACAGCUGAGAACGCAUAUGCGUCAUUUGAAUGCAUUGCAUCCAGCGGAAAAGCAUGGAAAUCAAACGAUGGUACAACUUUAUGAGAAGGGAUAUGGAAAAGAUGCAGCGGGCAUUGCAAUGGAAGCAAUUCGUUUUGCUAAAGAAUCGCGAUUCGAUGUUGUUUUAGUUGAUACCGCGGGAAGAAUGCAAGACAACGAACCAUUGAUGCGAGCUUUAACUAAAUUAAUUAAAGUUAAUGAUCCUGAUCUUGUUCUCUUUGUUGGUGAGGCACUUGUUGGCAAUGAAGCUGUUGAUCAAUUGGUCAAAUUCAAUCAAGCCUUAGCUGAUUACAGCAGUUCUAAUGAUCCUCAUAUUAUCGAUGGUAUCGUACUGACUAAAUUUGAUACUAUUGAUGAUAAGGUUGGUGCAGCGAUUUCGAUGACAUAUAUCACUGGCCAGCCAAUCGUUUUUGUUGGAACUGGUCAAACCUAUACAGACCUUAAAUCAUUAAAUGCAAAGGCUGUGGUACACGCUCUGAUGAAGUAAAUCAUGUUCCACUAUUUAAAUUACUGAAUACAUUCGCAUUAUUUGCUAAGAAUUACGGAAAGUUUAAGUAUAUAGUAAUUAUAGAUAAAAAAAAAAAAGUUUUAUUGCUUCUAUUAUACGUGGAGGGAAUUUAUAUAUAUAUAUUAGGAAGAUUUGCUUCAUAUUGGGGUAAGAUUUUUUUUUUGUUUAUUUUGUAUUUUAUAUACCAAUGUUUUAUUUAUUGUAUAGAUAGAUUGAUAAAAAAAAAAAUUAAUAUUUAAUAUAAAUAGAAAAUUUUUGUCAAAUUAAAAAGUUCAAAUUCACUUGUUACUUUUUCAAUAUUGUCAUUGUGUUCUUCACCCGUGUAUAAUUUUCUCAUUGAACUUUUUAAUUAGAAAUUAAUGCUUUCUAGUUUAUUAAAUAUUUUUUCAUUAUGUGUAAAUUUGUCUACAAUUUGCGAAGAGGGGGGGGGGGAAAUUAGUUUUUCUUUAGACUGAGCUACUUUUUUUUUCCAAUGAAAUAAAAUGAUUGUUAAUAAUAUUAUCGACACGUUGUUAUAAAUUGUCUUUUUAUGAAAGUAAUAUACAAUGUACAUUUUAUUAAAAACAUUCAUAGAAUGAUA